AUGUCGACAAAGGUCCAUACUAUUGCACAGACAGGAUUCGGCACUGGGACGAAUGAGCUAUAUGAUCGGGCUCGUCCUUCGUACCCAGCUGAGUGCCUUUCGUACAUUCGUCAAGUAUCAAAGAGCACAGCACCUUUGAACAUUGUCGAAAUCGGGGCAGGGACAGGUAUUUUCACCCGUGCCUUGUUAGCUCACUCUGAGUGGGCUACGAGCAUUGGUACGCUGAGAGCUAUCGAACCUAGCGACGGCAUGCGUGAUGUAUGGACGAAGACUGUCGAUGAUAAUCGCAGUUCUAUUGUCAAAGGGACAUUUGAUAACACCGGUGUGGAAGACGGAUGGGCAGAUCUUAUCAUUAUCGCACAGGCAUUCCAUUGGUGCCCCGAUUAUGGGAAAGCAUCGGCUGAAUUCGGUCGUAUUUUGAAGAAGGACGGCGCAGUUGUGUUUAUAUGGAACCUUGAAGACAGAGACGGUGCAGGCUGGGUUGCUCAACUCCGUGACCGCAUCGAGGCCCAUGAGAAAGGGACGCCCCAGUUUCGUCUCGGUCUCUGGAGGGAGACGUUCUCUACACCUGAGUAUGUCUCCUUGUUCCAUCCUCAGGAGGAAGAAGAGUGGGCAUAUCAUCUUCUCGCUAGCGAGCAAAUUGUUACGGAUCGCGCUCAGAGUAAAAGUUACAUUGCUGUACUCCCUCCAGAUGAAAAGGCCAAGGUAGUGGAGGACGUCAAAGGUAUCCUCGAGCGAGGAGAUGGUAGAGUUUGGAUUAACAAGAAGGAGGGCACGUAUCAAUAUCCAUACAAGACUUACAUAGUGGUGUCUAGGAAGAAGUAG